AAGAAAAGAUGACCCAACAUGGUACCUAUACAUAAUAGGUAGGCGGAAACGAUUACUCCACACUUGCAACAAGAGAGAGAAUACACAUGCAGAAACGAUUACUCCAAACUAGUAACGAGAGCGAGAGAGAGAGAGAGAGAGAGAGAGAGAGUACCGAGGCAGAAACGAUUUCUCUACACUUGCAACGAGAGAGAAGAUGUUGGCCCCUUCGGCUUUGGUAGGAAGUGCAGAGAGGUUAGCUCCACAUGCCAGUAUGAUAUUUGUUCAGCUCAGCUCAGCAGCUUAUGUUGUGGUUAGUAGGGUCAUACUCACAGAAGGGAUAAGCUCUACUGUCUUUCUUGUCUAUCAAUUCGCGUUAGCUACAAUCUUCAUGGCAGCAUUGGCUUUUAUCUUUGAAAGGAAAAAUAGGCCUCCCCUUACAAAAUCUAUCUUAUGCUGGAUUUUUCUACUCGCUUUAAUUGGGUUAACGUUGUCACAAAACCUAUUAUCAGCGUGCUUGUACUACAUCUCUAGCACAUUGGAGGCUGCAGUUGUCAACCUAAAUCCAGUCUUUACUUUCAUAUUAUCUAUAAUCUCAAUGCAAGAGAAUCUUGGAAUCAACACCUCGUGGGGUAAAGGGAAGAUCUUUGGGACUGUUUUAUCCGUCUCUGGUGCUUCAACUAUCAUGUUCUGGAAAGAUUCAACUGAGAGUCUGCUUCGCACAACCAGCUUGACAGAAUGGGUGUUUGGCUUAGUUAUGGUGGUUCUUGGGGUUCUUGCACUUAGCACAUGGAUUUUGUUGCUGAGGCCGAUGACAAAACGAUACCCAGCAGAGUUUUCCCUUACAGCCAUAAUGUUUUUCUUUGGAACGUUACAAACAGCUGUCAUAGCCGUAUGUACAAGUCACGAAGCCACAGAAUGGAGUAUUCAUUGGGAUUUAGAGCUCCUAAAUAUAGUAUUUGGAGCCUUGUUUUACUGUGGCUUAUCAAACCUCUUCACUACAUGGUGUGCUGGAGUAAAGGGACCCAUCUUUGUGGCCUCAUUUGCUCCUUUUGGCUUGGUUUUGACCACAGUCCUGGAAAUUAUAUUUCUAGGCGACACCUUGUACUUGGGAAGCAUCGUUGGAUCAAUCAUGGUAGUUUUGGGCCUUUACGUUUUUCUAUGGUCCAAAUCCAAGGAGGACAGUUGCGACACAAUGGAGACAAUGGACCCAUUGGACAAAGACGAUUGCACCACCGCCUUGUUGGUCUAAACCAUAGCUCAGGACUCACUUCUUGGUUGUGUACUUAAAGCUGGAAUUCCAACCCGUUCCCUCGUGUAUCUAGAAAUUAAGUUCCUAUUUUGGAGGAAGAAUUGUCUUGACAACAGAAGACUGAAAUCCUUUCUUCCUCUUUGUGUAACCAGUGUAACCAUUAAAAUUAUUGAUUAAUUAUUUCA